AUGUUGGUGUGGAUCGUCUUCCUCAUCCUGUUCAUCUAUUGCAUGCAAUACACGAUGGGCUGGUCAGUGGCCAAAUACGCCAUCGUGGGCUCCGUGAUUGCAGUAAUCAUACUGGUCGCUGAGGGCUUCCCCGCCAUCGUGAACUGGAGACGGAACAAGCGGCAGUUGCAGAGCCUGGAUCCGCAUCCCUUCCCGGACAACAGUUCUAUGCUCUUCAGCACGCUCUCGUCUGCCAAGAAAAUGCAACAACCGGGGCAACAACCAUUCCCGGACACAAUGCAACAACCAUUCCCAGGCCCAAUGCAACAACCAUUCCCAGACCCAAUGCAACAACCAUCCCCUUACACAAUGCAACAACCAUUCCCAGACCCAAUGCAACAACCAUUCCCGGAAUCAGUGCAACAACCGGGGCAACAAAAUCAAGAUAUUCCCGGUACCAAUCACUCGUGGAAGAACAAAAGGAAAUUCAAUAAUCGCCGAUGA